AUGAAAACAAAUUCGACGUGUUACUUUGACCCCAGCCGAACUCAAAGCCGAUUAUUAUUUCUGCCACGUUUUGUGUGUUCAAUAUUCCUUCUUUGUUAUCUUUUGGUGAAUCCAUCAACAGCAUUCCAGCACCAACACCCUGUGAUAAGAAGCUACCCAAAGACUACACGAUUGAAUGAAAUAGGGACACAGAGCCGCCCUAAUAUUGCAGAGUAUAGCAGAACGUCGAAAGUGCGUUUGCCAUGGCGACCACGGGACUACGAACCAGCUCGAGCUGGGGUGGCAGCUGUUCUCAUCCUGGCCAUUAUCAUUGGUCUUUCUAUUAAUGAUUCGAAUGAUGUAACACAGGAUGAAAUUGCCGUCACUGCUGUUUCUAACGUGGUAGGUGCCACGCUUCCAUCGUCACCGACAGAUCUUGUAGCUGGUGCUUUGGGUGAGAGCGUUGGAGGAUUUGUAGGAGUGUUCGCCUCUGCAUCACUUUCUUCACUAUUGAACGCUUUCAAAAGCAAAAACAACACAGACAUUUCAAAAGAUUCAAGGAUGACGAACGCGAUUGCGGAGAGUGAUUAUUUCAUUGUGAACAGCGCAUCUUUACCAUUGCUAAUGGCGAUUGGCCUGCCACCUGUUUUGGCAUCUGUUGGAAGUACGCUGUUUGCUGUAAUUCCCUCUGAGUUAAUCAAGCUUCGACAACGAAGAAGAGAAAUGGUAAUUGAAGAAGACAGGUUGUUAAACGAUCUACUUGCCAAGGAGCGCAAUCGUCGCAAUAGUCGUCCAACGAUGCCGAAGCCUUUCGCCAAAGCCAAGGAAAGUAUAGAAGAGAAAGUCUCAGUAGACAACCUCCUCCCUGUGGAAGCCGGUGGCGAUGUUGAUGCUGUCGAAAUUUUCGCUGAUGUGAUUAGAUGGUUGGAGUAUGCUGUCUUGAAAGCCGAGUUUGGAGGGACUUUGACAUUUAAUAAUAUGGUACUCGGCCCAGGAAUAUCUGGUGCGAUCUUUGGGAUAAUCGCAUCAGUAUCAUCUCAGUUUUAUGCAGAUGUACUAUAUGGAGAGCUCUUUGAGCUUGGACCUCGCUCCAAACAAGAAGAAGUAUCUUCCAGGUUGACUUCAGAUUGGGUUAAGGUAUACGCUUCCAGUGCAGUAUCCUCUGCCGCGCUCUUUGGUGUGUUUGAAGAAGCCCAAAUCCCAGUCAGCCGGUGGAUUCAAGGGAUACUGGCUGGAGGAGUUGACGGUUGUAUCGGUUCGACAUCUUUUGACAUUUGUCUGCAAACUUAUAUUGAUUCGAAUGCCCCAGGCCCAAGUCCAGAAGCUCAACUCCGUGCCCUACUAGUUAACUUUAUGAUGGUUGGUCAAAGAGUUCAGGACAUUGCCGGAGAUACCACCUGGGAUGAUCUACGACGUCUACUUGCAGCGUGGUCCGUGUCGGCAUACAGCUACUUCCAGCAUUUGUAG